CUCUCCUCUUCUCUCUCCUCUUCUCCUCUCGCUAACAUGCCAUCAUGUAAUAGCAUCUGUCCUUUCCGCACGACCAGCUCUCUCCAUAGCAACCUCACAGAAACCCGGAGGAGACGUACAGCAUGGCAGCACAGGAAGCAGUGCGUGUUUGAGAGGACGCUAAGAUCCUGCUCUUCCUCAAGACACGGGGGGACGCUGAGAAAGAUGGACAACUCCUCCUACAACAGCGCUCUGUGAACAGGGUGUGUUGGCGUCAUGGCCGGGCCCGAGCUCCAGUGGAAGUGGAUCGAGCUCCAUGACCUGGUGUCACUGCGUGCUGUCGAGAAGAAGGUUCACACCACAGCUGGUUCUGCUGUCAGACCGAGGCAGUGGAGACUCCACAGUCGUCCCCGAGCGCAACACUCCCGACUGGACGAGCACAAGCUGCAUUACGCCGCCUGGGAUGGACGCGUGGAGCAUGUAAAGGCCCUGGUAGAUGGCGGAGUCCCUGCUACCUGCCCAGAUCCUCGCGGCUGGACGGUCGUCCAUCAUGCUGCUUUCAGAGGACACCUCACACUGCUCAGGUUCUUGCUUCACUCCAGCCAUAUGGAUGUGAACUGCCCGGACUUAUUUGGCUGCACCCCCUUGCACCGCUCCUGCAUGGGGGGCAACAAAGAUGCCACCGAGUACCUCCUCCAGAAGGGCGCAUCCCACGAGGCACGCUCCUGUUGUGGUCAAACACCCCUCCAUCUGGCUGCAGCUGGGGGACACCUGGGCACGGCGCGUACGCUGUUACAACACCUGGCAUCACCUGACAUUCUGGACUCACGCAGGUGGACACCGCUGCACUGGGCGGUAUUUGGAGGAUGGGGCGACAUGGCAGAGCUGCUGCUGGAUAACGGGGCGGAACUGGAAGGACCAAGCGGAGUGGGCACGAGUCCCCUGCAGCUGGCUGUGAUGGUCGGCAACGAAGCGGCCGUCAGGCUCCUGCUUCACCGAGGAGCGGAUGCUAACCUCAGAGGUGCGAGCGGCCGAACGGCACUGCAUCUGUGCGCCUGCUCCGCUGAGAAGAAGAUCCUGCAGCACCUGCUAGCCGCUGGGGCCAAGGUGUGCAUGAGGGACAGGGACCAGGCCGCUCCGCUGCACCUGGCUGCCCUCAGUGGCUCCAGAGCUGUUCUCCACCUCCUCAUCCUGAAUGGCGCUGGGCUCGAGGACAGGGACAGCCUUCACAUGACCCCGCUGCAUUACUCCACGCUGAAGGACAACGUUGAAGCUGCGAAGCUUCUGCUGCAUUAUGGAGCGGAUGUAGAUGCCACUGAGAGGCUGGGCCGGACCCCGCUGCACCUGGCCACAGAACGGGGGCACUGCAAGGUCCUGAGUGUUUUGCUUGAGAGCGGUGCGGAUCCCUCCAUCAAGACGCAAUGGAGGGAGACGGCAGAAGACCUGGCAAGGACACACAACCGGUACGAAUCGCUUAAAGUGCUUCAGGAACACCGGAAACCUCUAAUGCGCUCUCAAACUUUACGCCGUACAGUUACUGAGAGCGUCUGGUAGAAAACGAAACAAAGAAGAUGUAGGAAUCAACCUGGACCCCAGAGCACUGAGAUCCUGUCUGAGACUGGACUGGUUUUGUUGUGGUGAAUUUAACUGUUGUGUUCAAGCCAUUUUUUUUGAAAAAUAUAUAAUAAAAUGACAACAUAUUGUUAA